AUGAGCGUGAUCCAGGCCGGGCACGACGGCAGGGUGGACGGCGGCAGGGGCAGCCUCGCUGACAACGGCGGAGGCUCCCCGAAGCUCCAGCAGUGCGUUCAGCCUCCCAACAGCAGCAGCGGCGGCGGCAGCGGCAGCAGCCGGACCAAAGAUGCCAAGUACCAGCAGCAGCAGCUCCAGCAGCAGCAGCUCCAGCAGCAGAGGCAUCAUGGUGGGUCGAUGUGGAAGCAACCAUCCCACAACGAGCCAGCAGACGUCGUGAGGCGGGCGCUGGACUUCAAGAGCCAAGGCACCCAGUGCUACAAGGAUAAGAAGUACCGAGAGGCGAUUGGCAAGUAUCACCGCGCUCUGCUGGAGAUCAAGGGGCUGUGCAGGGUGCUGGGGGAUCCGGACACCAGCUCCAAGUCCCCGUCCUCCCUCCUGCCGACCAUCAGCAAGUCCACCACGCUGACAGAUGAGCAGAAGGGGGCCAUGGAGAAUGCAGAGCUGGAGUGUUACAACAGCCUGGCCGCCUGUCUUUUACAAAUGGAGCUGGUGAACUACGAACGAGUGAAGGAAUACUGUCUGAAAGUGCUACACAAGGAGGGAAAGAACUUCAAAGCUCUUUACCGAUCGGGAGUGGCGUAUUACCACCUAGGAGACUUCCAGAAGGCCCUGUACUACCUGAAGGAGUCACACAAACAGGAGCCAUCAGACACCAAUGUCAUCCGCUACAUUCAGCUGACAGAGAUGAAGAUUCGCCGGAAUGCCCAAAGGGAAAAGAAAGAGGCGACAUAAGCACUCGCUGUCUGAUGACUUCUCACUCGUCAUAAAUUGCAGCCCUACUGUGUGCCAGUCAGAUCUUACACGCCAUGAGUCAGAAGCCUUGGUGUGAAACGAUGUUAUGUUUGCUUUUGCUUUGCACAACAUCCGGCUGCCAGUUAUGUGAUUGAACUUCACCAUUGUGUGCUUGAAGCAUUUUUUAAAAAUUGUACCAGAUUUUGAGUUUCUGUCUCCAAUCCGCCAAACUUAUCCAGUACGAAUCCAUCUCGAGUAUGUUUUAACCAUUACAAACUGAUGCACUGCCAGUCCAAACAUUGCACAUACAGGCCAACACUUGUGAUAGAGACAGGAGCAACAAGUUCCACAGAGUGAAUCCAUCAUGUCUGCAGGCAAGCGUAACUGUAAAUUACCACCUGCCCUCGCACAAGAUGUCUUUUAAGUGGCAUGGAGUAAGUAACAACCACCUACACUUCUGUCACCAUACUUUGAUUUUGAAAGUACAACAAAAGAUCCGGAUUUUUUAUUUUUUUUUUAUUUUUUUAUACUUUCAAUGAUAUCUGAAUAAAAGGUGCUUUCACUAAGUAGGUUUCUAACUCAAAAUGCAUAGGGAAAGACAUCAAGAGCACAUGGUUGCUAAUUGCAGUAUGAAAUUUAGAGACAUAUCA